AUGGCCAGCCCCUGCUGCUGCAAGAAGCUAGUCGACGACGUCGCGGGCUGGAUAAAGGUCUACGACGACGGCUCUGUCGAGCGCCCCGCACCUCCCCCGGAGUUCCGGGCAAUGGCAACUGCUAUUGCACCGUACGACGCGCCAUGCAAUGGCGUAACGGUGCACGACAUUCCGGCCAACCCACCCCUCCGGCUGUACCUUCCGGUGGCAGCCCCCUUGCUCGGCCGACGCCUCCCCGUGCUCCUCCACUUCCACGCCGGUGUGUACUGCGUCGGCGACCCAACCUGGGCGCUCUACCAUUCUUUUUACGCCCGCCUCGCCGCCUCGAUCCCCAUUGCCGGUAUCGUUUCCAUCACCCUCCCCCUCGCCCCGGAGAACCCACUCCCGGCGGCCAUUGCCGCCGGCUACACCGCCAUUGAUUGGCUGAAGUCGCUCGAUCGGCCUGUGCUUCCGACCGAGCCAGUGCCUGAUCCGACGUCGGACCCGGUGAGCAAGCUCAGGAACACGGCCGACUUGUCACGUGUGUUCCUCAUAGGUGACAGCAGUGGUGCCAACCUGGUGCACCAGGUGGCCGCCGGGUUCAGCUCGGCGGAGCCGGGGUACCGGGGCGUCGUCCGGCUCGCCGGAGCAAUCCUGCUCAACCCCGGGUUCACCAUGUCCGCUCCGAGCGCAUCAGAGUCAACCGACCAAGUGAACUUGCCGUACAUGGACCCCAAGCUGGCGGACAGGUUCCUGGAGCUGGCCCUCCCCAAAGGAGCCACCAGAGACCACCCGUACAUCUGGCCCGUCCGCGACGACGCUACGGCGGCCGCGCUGGCCAUGCCACCAUUGCUGGUGAGCAUCGCGACCUUGGACUCGCUGCGUGACCGGCAGGUGGAGUACUGCAACUUGAUGCGGCGUGCCGGGAAGCACGUCGAGGUGGCGCUGAGCCCCGGCGUAGACCACAUGUUCUACCUGAUGCACGGAAUUGCCGAGCCCGAGCCAGCCGGAGAGGACAUCGCGGCGCGUGUUGCCGAGCUCAUCGACACCAUUGGGGGAUUCGUCGGCCGACGCCACGGCUGCGUGGCUCGUCUGUAGCCGUGUGUCCGUUGCGUCUGUUGUUGGUGGGCUUUGCAUAAUUGUGUUGGUAUUGUUGGCCAGCCUGUGUGAGUGCGUUCAUAUUUGUGAGCCGUGAGUGCUUCAGUUUCUUACCGUUCAACCGGAAUGGAGUAUCAACGUAAUAAUGGAUUUAUUUUUGUUAAA